AUGAACCGCUUUGACGAUAAAAAAAGAGUUGGUGUAUCUUCUGUUUCAAAUUCUAGGCUUUUGGAGACUUUAGCUAAAAAAAAAGAGCAACUUAAAUUGGUUCUUAAUAGUUCUGAUAAAGGGAGAAAUGUUACAAAAUGUCAACCAAAGAAAUCUCUUUACUCUAAAAAAAAACAUAAAGUUACAAAAUUAGAAGAUGGUCAGUUUAUUGCUGAAGAAGAUGAUGAUUAUGAAUGUAAUAUUAGUGAUGAGGAUCAGGUUGAAGAAAAAAUGGAAGAUAUAGUAGCUGAUUCAAGUGGUGAAGAGGUAAUAGAAGAUUUUGUUGAACCAGUGCGGUUAAAAAUUUCAAAGCAGAAAAGUGGUGAAAUUGAAUACGAAGUGACCAGUGAAUUACCUAUUCAUGCUCUUCAAAGUAGUGACGAUGAAGAUGUACAACCCGUUAAGGGAAAAACAAAUAAAAGAAAAUUAACUAUUGAUAGUUCAGAUGAUGAUCAUGUUAAGUCACCUAUGAAAUCGAAAAAAUUAGAAAAUUCUAAAAAAAGUAAGAGAAUAAAAGCAGAGGAAGUAGAGGAUGAUGUUAACGAUAAAAAUUACUGUGGAACAUUUAACAAUUGUUCUGAUAGUGACGACAAUCAAGAUGUUUGUCGUACAUAUUCUGACUCUGAAUUAAAACAGAAAACAAUUGAUUUUUUUAAUCAUGCAAAAAUUGAAGAUAUUCGUAGCACACCAAGAAUAUCCGACAAGAUGGUUAAUCUCAUCAUGUCAAUGCGUCCUUUCAAUUCAUUUGAUGAAUUUCAAAAAGCUUUAAACACUGUCCCAAGAGGUAAUCAGGCUAUUGAGGUAUAUUUUGACUACCUUGAAAAUAGAGGAAUUAUUGAAAAAGUUCUUGAUGAUUGUACUGGAAAAGCUAAAGAAAUGUCAAAAAGACUUCAAGAUAUGAGCAAACAAGAAGUAGUUCAACAACCAGCAUCAUUAAGUAAUUGUUCACUUCAUGAUUAUCAAAAAAUUGGUCUUAAUUGGUUAAUCCAAAUGCAUAAAUUAGGUUACAACGCUAUAUUAGCUGAUGAAAUGGGUCUUGGAAAAACUAUACAAAUUAUUGCAUUUCUAACACAUCUCAAAGAAAGUGGUGUUUGUGGACCACACUUGAUUGUAGUACCCUCCUCAGUUAUUGAAAAUUGGCAAAGCGAAUUUUCUAAAUUUUCACCAAAAUUGAAGAUUUUAUGUUAUUAUGGUGCUAUGGAGGAACGCAAAAGACUAAGAAGAGAAGCAGUUAAAGGCACAAAAAAUAUAGAUGUUCUUUUGACAACAUAUAAUAUGAUUACGUCAAAAGAAGAAGAUAGAAAGUUUUUUAAAGCUUUUUCUAUUCAUUAUGUUGUGUAUGAUGAAGGUCAUAUGUUAAAGAAUUGUAAUACUACUCGAUAUCGUUCUUUAAUGAAAGUUAAGGGAAAAAGAAAAAUUCUUCUAACUGGGACUCCUUUACAAAAUAAUUUGAUUGAAUUAAUUUCACUAACAUAUUUUGUAAUGAGCAAGAUGUUUCUUAACUAUUGUGAUGAUAUUGACCAACUACUUGGACAGUUUCAAAUAAGAACUCAGUGCGGGAAGCGAACAAAUACAGUUACAAGUUUAAAACAAGAAUAUGAAAAGGAACAUUGUGAAGAAGAUAGAACACCAUUAACUGUUGAUGAAUUAUAUGAAUCUCAUAAAAUUGAGCAAGCUAAACUUAUUUUGGCACCAUUUAUGCUAAGAAGAUUAAAGGUUGAUGUUUUGCAAUCUUUACCAAAAAAAAAUCAAGAAAUUAUGUAUGUUGAAUUAAAACCAUUACAAGUUGAAAUAUAUGAUUAUUGUCUUAACGAUAUUCGGAUGGCAUAUCAUAGGGGUGAUGGUUCGAGUGUGGGUGGUCUUAUGCAAUUAAGACAAAUUGCUAAUCAUCCUUUAUUAUAUAGGUGGAUAUACAAUGAUGGAUUGUGUCAUAAGAUUGCUGAAUUACUUGUUAUGUAUAAUGAUUCCUAUAAAAAAAAGAAUCCAAUUUUUUUAGCAGAAGAUUUAGGUUUUAUGAGCGAUAUUGCUAUUCAUAAACUUUGUCUUACAACUGAUCAGACACUUAUUUAUGCUUUAGAAGAUUCAAAGUUUUUGGAAAGUGCAAAAAUUGAUGCUUUGGAUAAAUUGUUACCUAAAAUUAAAGCAUCAAACGAAAAAGUUUUGAUUUUUAGUCAAUUUACAAUGUUAUUGGAUAUACUUGAAGUAUAUCUUGAAAUUCGAGGUUAUCAUUUUAAAAGACUUGAUGGAUCGACACCUGUUAUGGAGAGAUUUCAAAUGGUGGAAGAAUUCAAUCAAAACGAUGACAUCUUUGUUUUUCUUUUAUCAACUAAGGCUGGGGGUCUUGGUAUAAAUUUAACUGCUGCAAAUAAUGUUAUAAUACACGACAUUGAUUUUAAUAUUCAAAAUGAUAAACAAGCUGAAGAUAGAGCCCAUAGACUCGGUCAAAAAAAAGAGGUAAAUAUCUACCGUUUUAUUUCUAAAAAUACGGUUGAAGAACCAAUGUUAACGAAUGCAGAGAAUAAGUUAAAACUUCAGGAGAAUGUAACAGGUGACAACAGUGAAAAUAUUGAAAGCACAAUUGAUCACAAAUUAGUGGAAGUUUUACUUAAAGAUGCGUUUGAUAAGAAAGAUUCAAGUCUAUUUUAG